AGACUGGUGUUGUAAGUUUGGUAGAAAGUGAUGCUCUUGAAUAAACGCCUCUUCGUUCCUGUUUGCUGCCUGGGUUAAAUCCAGCGCUCCUGUAAUGUCCCACAGCCUCUUACGAAAAGCGCGUUCGCAGUUUAGUGCCCCGGGCACGCGCAUGCCCAGCUAUAGCCUAUCCUGUGACUGAAAGCAUCCCUACUUCAUUCACCCCGGAGAUCACAGGACCGCUGGGAGCUGACAUCAAACUCCGCUGGAGCGCAGAGCGGAGAGUUUUUUCUUGUUUCGUUUGUUUACGCAUCUUCGUCUCCAUAAACGGGACAAAACUGAUUAUUUUUGGGAGUUUAAGUGUAAAGGAUUUAACCAAUUUUUUUAAAGAUUUGCUCACAUCGAGUGCCAAGAUGCUCCACCACCGCAGGAUGCACAAAUGUGUCUGUGAUUUUGGAUGGAUUAUACUGAGGAUGAAAUGAUGGAUGUUGAUGUGUCUGUGAAUGUAAAAGAAACGUUUUUACAUUUGCAUUGGACACCUGUUCUUUGGAUGUCAAAACAAAGAGCAGCUGAACAUCAACUUGACCUUAAUUAGGUUUGAUUAUUUAAUGCUUCAAACUACUGUACAAAAGACUGAUCAUCUGUGAUUUCACCCCGCAACUCUUACGGUCAGUUUAUAUAUUAUUUUGGCAAUCAACCCCACUCUCACAUACAGUGACUUACACUGAAUCCAGGAGCAGAACUUGGUUCUCUACUUUAACCGCCUUUGAUUCAGGAGCUUAAAGACCUUUUGAAGUUUUACACACUCCUAACUCGUUCUCUCAUUGGGGUCGUGGAGGUUGCCAGUUCUCCCGAGGGAUGGUUCUGGGCUCCCGAGACCAGGGAGCGACAUCCCGGCUCCUUCACUGGACCCUUGCCCCAUCCUGGUGCCUAUACAGCGGACCUGAGAGGAGAUGAGAGCCGCGGUCUACCACCUCCUCGCCGGCUGCCUCUGCCUGUUACGCACCGCAGCUGAGGUAAACCGCACAGAAGAGUCUCCUCUCCCCCGGGAGCUGUUGGAGCGGCUCUCCCGCAGCGAGAUCCGGAGCAUCAGCGACCUCCAGCGGCUGCUAGAGAUAGACUCCGUAGAGAACGAGGUGAUCGAGGAGACAAAACACAGUUACUACAAGGACUUCUCUCACAGCUUCCCCGACUUGAAGAAAGCACACACACACACCAGACACAGGAGGAGCACUGUGGUGGAGGAGGCCUUGCCAGCAGUGUGUAAGGUGCGGACAGUGAUCUAUGAGAUCCCCAGGAGCCAAGUGGAUCCCACCUCAGCCAACUUCAUCAUCUGGCCGCCCUGCGUUGAGGUGAAGCGCUGCACCGGCUGCUGCAACACCAGCAACAUGAUGUGCCAGCCGGCCCGCAAGCACCACCGCACCGUCAAGGUGGCGAAAGUAGAGUACGUGAGAAGGCGGCCCAAGCUGAGGGAGGUGCAGGUGAGGCUGGAGGAUCACCUGGAGUGCAUGUGCACCAGCAGACGCCACAUCAGCCCAAGCUCAGACACAGACAACGGAAUCAGGUGAAGAGUGGUGGACAGACAGAGGAGUGGAGGAGAGGAAGAAGAGGACGGCCUGAAGUAAAACAAGGACAAGCACCUUUAGCCUCUAACAUCCUCACCAUACCACCUGCCAGCAAGUUACUAUGGAAGGUUUGAUGGAGCUAUGUUGCAUAAAAUGGUCUGCUUUCUUUUACUUUUUGGGAGGUUUAAUGGAUACUUGACUCAUGUGGAUCUCAACUGCCAAAAACUAAGUGCAUCAAACUUCCAGACACAGAAACAAACCACAAACAGGCUGACAGUUUGCUCGCCUUGAUUCCUCGAUGGAGAAAAGAAGCGAUAAGAGGAAGAAAAACAAAACACUGGCAGGAGUGAGGUGGAUUCUGGGAUGCUGGAGGACUUAUUGUCUGAAUCUUGUUCCUCUCCAGAAUAUAAACCGCUCAGUGACUCGGAUUAUAAACUGGGUGGAAUCCUUUCUAGAAACAGUGACUGGGAUUAGGUUUUUGUAUUCCAAGAUUUAGUCUUCCUCAGCAAAACACACUCAUACACACAAGCACACAUGCACAUAUAUCCUCUUAUUUUUAUAACCUUUCAUUUUCUAUCGCUGUCUGUUUGUAUUUCUGGUAUGUUAUCCACAUAAAGAAUGGAGGGGAAAAGAACCCCCUGACAUGUUACCGAUACUAAUAAACUAUUUAUAUGUAAACAAAGUGAGUGUGGUGAUGGCAAACAGAUUUAUAUCAAAACAGAUUUGUCACAAAAAGCGACUGAAUUCAUUUAAAACAGAAAGAGGAGCCGGAAAGGCUGGUGUGUGUGAGAGAGAGAUUAUCUGGAGGAUCAUAAUACUGAAGCUAAAACCCCUGUGAAUUUGUAACUGAGAAUAACACACACAUAAAACCCUGCCAACAAAGAGAAGAAUGGUAGAAAUGACUACACUGUUAACACAGUGGAAUAACUAACAGCUAACAGGGGAUUUUUUUUUCAGUGUUGUGACAGAGUUGCUAGUGUUAUUCCAAACUGAGAUUGAGAAAAUGACAAUUGUCUGACUAAAGAGGAAGGUAAAUAUUUUCAGAAGUGACCUCAUCCCAUGACUUGCAAACGCUGGACGACGUGGAGGAGAAGCUGACCUCAUAUCAAAACACGACACAUCCUUCAGCUGCUUGUUCAGUGUCUGCUCUCAUUAGUGUGUGUGUGUGAGAGUUAUGAGGGGCUCUUUCUCUCUUGCUGUUUUUCCCUCACUUUUUCACAAAAAAAAAACAAAAACAUACAUGGACUCCACAAUUGACAAAAUCACAAUGAUGCACAAUAGGCUUGUAGUAGUAUUGCUGUAAUUCCUGUCAUAUUCUCAUAGGAGGAGGGGGGCUCAGAUUGACGUGAUCGUGACAACAAAUUGUAGUGAUAAGCAAGUAGAAAUGAACAAAAAACCCUAAAAGUUAGUUGUAAUCCCACAUAGAUCAUUGACGUAAGAAAUCAAAGAUUAAAGAACGACAAAUAUUACAUGUAAAGCAACAAUUAAAUACACUUUUUAGCCACACUAGCAGUGUUGCUCUGGGGAUGGCAAUGUCAGUUUUGGUUGAUGCAGUGAUACUCUGACUUUUCCUGUAGUGCCACCCUCUGAUUGGUAUUUGUAGUUCUGAGUGAAUCUCAACAACUAUCGAAUGGAUUGUUGUGAAAUUUGGUACAUAGAUUCAUGUCCUCCUCAGGAUGAAUUGUAAUAACUUUGGUGAUUCCCUGACUUUUCAUCUAAUGCCAUCAUCAGGUCAAAUUUUGUAUGUCCAAUUCUUUCGUUUAUGAAAGAAUGAAACAAAUACCUGCAAAACUAAUGACAUAGGCCUAGCAAAUGCAUGUUAACACACUAAACCAAGAUGGUGAACCUGGUAAACGCCAUACCUGCUUAACAUCAGCAUGGUAGUAUUGUCAUUGUGAGCAUAUUAGCAUGCUGACAUUAGCAUUUAGCUCAAACCACUGCUGUGCCAACAAGUAGCCUCACUGAGCCACUAGCAUAGCUGUAAACUUUUUUUUUCCUAUUAAAUGUAUCGAUACACACUGACCAACCUGGGACAUUUUUUUACGCUCUGAGUGAAGCAUAAUCUCAACAGCAGCUGUUUAAAUCCAAGCGGCAAAAACCACCGCUUGAAGUAUCUUUUAGUGCAGUACCACUGACGGCCACUUGGUGCUGGCUCCAGAAAGUCUCUGGCUCCAAUAGACUCCCAU